UUUAAUGAAUGAAGAAACGCUGAUGUUUAUCCUACGGUGUGACGUCAGCAGUUUGAUUUUUCCGAACCAGCGAAGCAAAAACAACCGAGUCGAGUCGAGCCAGUCUCCUCUACCACUGGAGAACCGAACCAGCGUCCGCGUCUUUACACAGCCGGCCGUACCGGACACACACCGGGGUGCGCCGGAAGCCUGCGGAGUCUCCCGGGGGUCCUCAUCAUGGCAGCAGCCACUACAGUUACCGUCAACUAGUCUGCGGUGGAGCUGAGCUGCGGGACUCUGGAGGCUGACAGUCGGCGGCAGCAGCGGCGGACAGAGGGGACGGAGAAAGACGUGGCUGCUGUUCGUAACAUUAGCAGAGAUCACUUCGAGGAGCGGCUGUGUCUCCUUAUCUCCGGGGAGCAUGAAUCAUGACGUCAGUGGUGCUGGUUGACACCGGUGGGACGAUGGUGGAAUAUGUCACAGCUGAAGAAGACCUUCAGCAGCAGGAAGCAGUGUAUGAAGCUGAUGUGGAGCUUGAAGGAGAGGUGGAGGAUGAAUGUGAAGGUGAGGAAGUCUGCGAGGAGCUGGAGGAAAUAGAGGAGGCUGAUGAGGACCCAGCUGUUGUAGUGGAGGAGGUGCCCACUGCCAGCCUGGUCGAUGAGCAGGGUUAUUCCGCCCAGGUGGUGGUGUAUGGGGAUGAAGCCUACGUCAUGCGGGAGGUGGAGACGGAAGGAGAAGGAGUGGAGGCCUCUGGUUACAGCAAUGUCCACUGCUCUGAUAAAACCAUUGAGGCUGCAGAAGCUCUGCUACACAUGGACUCACCAUCUAGCCUCAGAGAAGACCGCAGCCCAGAAGAUUUUACCCCACAAAGUGAAGCUGCUCCAGACUUCCUCCACGCUGCCAUGCGGCCUGACGUGAUUGCAGAAACAGAGGUGGAGAUAACCACUGAGGACUGCUGCGAGGAGGACGAGGAGGAGGAGGAAGAGAUGGUCACUUCCCUGGAAGAGCCAGAACCCGACAACGAGCCUGUCAGGAGGAAGCGAGCUGGACGGAAAACGAAGACGCCCCAGUCGUCCAUUUCCAACGGCACACCGGAGCUCAGCUUCAAGAAGAAACCAAGAGAGGGCAAAUCAGGUAGCACCACGUAUCUUUGGGAGUUCCUGUUGGACCUCCUCCAGGAUAAAAACACCUGUCCCAGGUACAUCAAGUGGACCCAGAGGGAGAAGGGCAUCUUCAAACUAGUUGACUCCAAGGCUGUAUCCAAGCUUUGGGGCAAACACAAGAAUAAACCAGACAUGAACUACGAGACCAUGGGACGGGCGCUCAGAUAUUACUACCAACGUGGAAUCCUCGCCAAAGUGGAGGGUCAGCGGCUGGUUUACCAGUUCAAAGAUAUGCCCAAAAACAUAGUCAUUAUCGAUGAAGACAAGGCAGAUGUGUCUUCUCCUGAUGACCUAAUGAGCUCAGAGUCACAGUCCUACGAGCGCGUUCCUCUGCCGUCUGCCAGGUUGCUCCAGAACUCUGAGCAGUCAUCCCCGAGGAGACCCAACAUCCUGCGGGGCUCCAACCGACCCGUUGUAUUCCCAACUCCUGCCGCCGCAGUAAGCAGAUCAGCGGUGAUGGCGGCAGCCCCGAGGAUAGUGACGGUUUCUGCAGCGCCCGAUGUGAGCCAGACCAUGAGCCAGAUCCCCAAUGCCACAGCACCGAGGACGGUUCGCGUGGCGAUGCAGGUGCCUGUUGUAAUGACGUCUCUGGGCCAGAAGAUCUCUACCGUCGCCGUGCAGCAGCCAGCAGGGACGACGGUGGCCGGCGGGCGCACCACCCUCCUCACUAACGCGUCUCAUGUCACUGCGGCUGCUAAUCCUAAUUCACAACAGAAGGUUGUGAUCCAGACUAUCCCAACAAUGGUACCGGCUACAGCGGAGAACGGAGACAAGAUCACCGUCCAACUGGCCAAGAUCAUCACCAUCCCAGCCCACCAGUUAACCCAGUGUCAGCUCCAGACGUCCUCGAGCGCUAACAAACCCAACGUGGCCGCCUCGCCAACGAGCAUCAGCCUCCUCGGAAGCCCCCUGACGGUCCGAGCCCUCGCUCCCGUCAGCGUCACGCCGGGGGCGCAGGUGAUGAGGCUCACCGUGCCGAGCCAGGCACAACCGCAAACUCUGAUGGUGUCACAGCCAGGAAGCGUCAGCUGCGGCCAAACUGUAAGUCAGAGCAUUGCGGCACAGCCGCGCGUCAUCGGCAGCGUCAUCAACGGCUCAGAGCUGGUGAUUGGUGGACCAGGAGGAGUUACGGUAGAGAAGCUGAAGGCUCCAGGAGUGCAGGUCCAGGCUGUGCAAGUUCCUCUGACAGUCCAGCAGAACCAAGUGAAUCCAAAGACUAUUCAGAACGUCCAAUCAGAGACCACAGACGCUGAGGUGGUUGUGAAACUGGAAGCUCCACGUACAAUAAAGACAGAGGAGCCUGAGUGUUAAGAUACAGACAUCUCUUCUUUCCUUUCUCACCACCUGAGAAGGUCAGUUUUUACAUUUCUGAAGUUUUUUGUUUUUUUUAAAUUGUAAUAAGCAGCACUCUUGAAGGACAAUUUUUAAAACUCCUGAACGUGUCUUCGCAUCUCCCCCGUCACUGCCGAGAAACCCGGUCGCUCGGCCUCCCUCAGAACGGCAGCGGAACCUCUGUAGGUGCUGUGAACGGAGCCCUGCACACAUUUGAGGGAUCUUGUUAGGAGAAAGUAACGGGACCAACCUCGAUCACUACAUAACGGAUCACAGAGUCCGAUUGAGGAAAAACAUUAAACUGCAACACUAAAAAAGGAAGAAAAAAACACAAAACAAAGGAUUGCAACCAACCAAAAAUGUUGAUUAAAAACAGAAUGAGUGUAAAAUGGUUUUCCUUUUAAGAGUUAAUUUCUACUGAUGUUCAAAACCAGCAUUUUCUUGUUAAAUUUGUAUCACUGUGUGAAGAAAGCAUGAGCAGCGCUGAGAGGAAGGAGCUAUGGGUCAUCAUAAGGAACGAUAUCAGUCAUGUUUGUAUAUAUUUAUAUAACUAUAUAUAUAUAUCUUUGCAGUUUACAGAGCUAACGGUAACAGUAUGGCCCUAGGUUUUAAUUUGAAAUUUUGAACAGUAAGCUGGUUUUUUUGUUUUUUUUUGAUACUUUGUACCAUGCACAGUAUUAUUAAAACUGAAUUGUUUGGAUUGUUUUUUUAUUUCUCUGCCUCGGUCUGACUGUCGAUGCUGCUGUAGGUUUCCAGUUGUCUGCGGAUUGCUAGCAGUGUGUCCUUCAGCAUCUUUUAAACCCUCCCAGUCUACAUGUGGAAAAUGGAUUUAGAUCCUUAUAAUUUGUUACUUUUUAGUGCAGAAUGUUCUGCAGUCAUGCUGCAUGUAUAUGCAAUAAUGAAACAUGAAUCUGAGCCAAUGCAUGCAGCCACAUCUUUUAAAGAAAAAGAAUUCAAUUAAAGUCGGUAUUCAUUAUUUCGAUAUUCGUAAAAGGCAUCAAAUUAUGCAAAAUGGCUGCAGAGAAUAUAUACUUGUAACCACUUUAUAAACAGAGGGUCAAUGCCAUGUUCGACCGACAUGUCCGACAUUUCAAUAGAGGGAAGAUUGUCUGUGUUCAGACUGAACCGUUUGUAUAUUCAACAUUUGAAGCAUAUUCUAUUUUGUUGUACUCUUGUUUCAAAGUGUAUUAAAGUAGAUUUUACUGAAAUACA